CCUCAUGUAGGAGGAGUGCUGAAGCUCAUGUGAUGAGAUCUCAAAUUACACUGUAAUGCUGCUAAGUUGCUCGCAGGGUUGAAGAUGAACAGGCUGAUUUUACCGGUUGUGUUUGCCAUUCUGUAUCAGGUGCAUGCAUUGCCAUUGCACACUGAGGAAGAUGAGUAUCUUUUCAAAUCAUGGAUGUCUCAGUAUAACAAAAAAUAUGAGAUAAAUGAAUAUUACCAGCGGCUACAGAUAUUCCUGGACAACAAGAAGAAGAUUGACCUCCAUAAUGCAGGAAACAACAAGUUUUCAAUGGGGCUGAAUCAGUUUUCAGACAUGACCUUUGCUGAAUUUAAGAAGUUCUACCUCCUGACAGAACCUCAGAACUGCUCCGCCACUAGAGGGAAUCAUGUGAGCAGUAAUGAGCCUUAUCCUGAUACGAUUGACUGGAGAACGAAAGGAAAGUAUGUGACUGAUGUCAAGAACCAGGGAGCUUGCGGUAGCUGUUGGACUUUUUCCACCACAGGCUGUCUAGAGUCCGUCACUGCUAUUGCCACAGGGAAACUCCUAGACCUAGCAGAGCAGCAGCUUGUAGAUUGUGCAGGUGCUUUUGACAAUCAUGGCUGCAAUGGUGGCCUCCCAAGUCAUGCUUUUGAGUACAUCAUGUACAACAAAGGUCUUAUGAAAGAGCAAGAUUACCCCUAUAAGGGUAUACAAGGUGAAUGUAGAUUCAGACCAGAUCUGGCUGCUGCCUUUGUGAAGGAGGUUGUAAACAUUACAAAGUAUGAUGAAAUGGGCAUGGUAGAUGCUGUGGCCAGGUUGAACCCUGUCAGCUUUGCAUAUGAGGUGACAUCUGAUUUCAUGCACUACAGAGAUGGAGUGUAUACCAGCACUCAGUGUCACAACACUACUGACAAGGUGAACCAUGCAGUGCUUGCUGUGGGCUAUGCUGAGCAGAAUGGAACUCCGUACUGGAUAGUGAAGAACUCCUGGGGAGCCAGCUGGGGAAUUAACGGAUAUUUUUACAUUGAGAGGGGAAAGAACAUGUGUGGACUUGCUGCCUGUUCAUCCUAUCCUUUACCUUUGGUGUAAAUAACUGAAAAUAUUAUCUUACACCAUGAAAAGGGAGACAAAUUAUUGCAUUUUACUCUCACACAAAAUCAUUUUAUCCACUAUGGCCAACAUUAAUGAGUUGUAGUCUAUUCUAGCUGUCAGUAAAUAAGUUAAAUGCUGUUUUAACUUUACAUUAAAAUAAAGAUUUAAAACAUUCAAUGACACUCCAUUUGCUAUAAUAUAUGUUCAAAGCUGAAGCUGUCUACAAUUAAGAUUUUGUAAUGUUCAUGUUUGCAACCAAAAUCAUUGUACUGAAAUAAAUGUGUUUUUUUC